CGCGGUGGCGGCAUCCGUGGGCGAGGCGGCAGUGCGCCAGCAGCGUUCCGCACCAGCAGGCUCGCGCGAGCGGACCGUCGGCCAGCGAUGAGCAUCAGCUUCGAGGGCAAGCGCGUCCUCGUGACGGGGGCCGGCCAAGGGAUCGGCAAGGGCCUGGCGCUGCGGCUGUCCGAGCUCGGCGCCACGGUGCUGGCGCUGUCCAAGAGCCGGGAGAACCUCGACGCGCUGCACCGGCUGGACCCGCGGAUCCGGCCGAUCCGCGCGGACCUACGGGACUGGCAGGCGAGUCGCGAGGCGGUCGAGGCGCUGCUGCCGGUCGACCUGCUGGUGAACAACGCCGGGGUGGCGUGCUUGCGGCCCUUCCUGGCCGCCACGGAGGCCGACUUCCAGCUGACCUUCGACGUGAACGUCAAGUCGAUGCUGAACGUCUCGCAGGUGGUGGCGGGCGACAUGAUCGCGCGCAAGGUUGCCGGCGGCAUCGUCAACGUGUCGUCGCAGGCGAGCCGCGCCGCGCUCAAGGACCACGCGGUCUACUGCGCGUCCAAGGGCGCCGUUGACAUGCUCACCAAGGUGAUGGCGCUGGAACUCGGCCCGCACGGGAUCCGCGUCAACACCGUCAACCCCACGGUCGUCAUGACGGAGAUGGGCAAGCUCGGCUGGGCGGAACCGGCCAAGGCCGGCGAGAUGCUGAGCAAGAUCCCGCUGGGGAGGUUCGCAGAGGUGGACGAGGUGAUCGACGCCGUCGUGUUCCUGCUGAGCGAGCGCAGUUCCAUGAUCACCGGCGCCGGCCUGCCCGUCGACGGAGGCUUCCUGGCAGCGUGACCGUGUGACCGUGUACGCUACUAAUAAAUCCAUUGUUUUUGCUCGGACGACUGCUCGCCUUUAUUUCCCAUCGCAACACGCAUCGGCCUCGUCACAAGAAUGGAGACGGGAUCGUGGUCGAGGCUGGUGGAUAGAUAGGCUCGAUUGAUAAAUAAAACACGCAAUA